AUGACGCGGGCCAAUGGCUCCAAUGGUUCCAGCUCCACAGCCCUGUUGAGGCAGAUUCUCCAUUUUGUGAUUCCCAUCACUGCAGCCUAUGCCCUGGAAGGAGUCGCUACCCUGGUCCCGAUCUGGGCUGCGGCUCAUGGCGGGAGUCCCGAUGAGACCGAAGCCACCUUUCGGGUGGGCGCUGUUGGCUUGGGAAAUACCGUGGUGAUUUGUAUCGCCCUGGUGGUGAAAUCUGGCUGGGCUGGGGCUCAAGAUACCUUGGUCUCACAGGCUUACGGCAUGAAAGAUUUUCGAAAGGCCAGAGAUCAUUUGAACUGUUGUCAAAUUUGGAUGUGUUUCCUGGCUGCGAUUUGUUCAGUGCUCCUCCUUUCCACUGAACGGAUCCUGAUUUCGACGCGCUGUGCUACUGAGCAGCUGGCGGCCGAGACGUUCAGAUAUGUUCUGGGCUGUAUUCCAGGGGUUUGGCUCGAGUUUCAGUACGACGCCCUAAGGAAAUUCCUGAUGAAUCAGCAGAUCCCAUCCCCAGGGCUGUGGGUCUUAUGUGCUGCCGUGCCUGCUCAUUGGGCCAUGUGCGUCUUGCUGCUGGAAUGUGGCUUAUCCAUUGAUCCUCUGGUGGCCAUUGGUAUUGCCUUCUCUGUUAGGUCCGCUGUGUCAUUUUUUCUGCUGGCGGGAUACAUGACGCUGUUCCAGCCCACACCCAGUUGUAUCGGCUGGUGGCGCAUCUGGGAAUCUCGGGAGGCCUUGAGUUGGAAGGGACUCAAGUCGUACUCUCGGAUUGCAAUACCGUCCGUUGCCAUGUAUGGCUUUGACUGGUGGGCCUACGAGCUGCUCACUUUAUUGGCGGGUGGCUUGAGGAGCGAAACCCAACUGGCCGCCCAUGUGGCCGCCACCACCGCCUCCGACUGGGCCUUCCUGGUGGUGCGCGGGGCACCCAAGGCGGCGACGGCGCUGGUGGGGGCCGCCAUGGGGCAGAAGGAUAUCUUCCGAGUGCAUCAGGUGGUGAGGGCGUGUCUCAGGCUCACCUGCGCGAUGUGUGGCGGUUUGGUGAUUUUCUGUUGGUUUGGCCGGGCCAAGCUGACCCAUCUGCUGCUGCCUGAUGAGCCGGUGACGCAGGCGAUUUUUGCCAAGUUGCUAAUAUGUGUAUUGCUUCAACUUUUGGUGGAUGGCUUAAACAGCUGCUACAGCGGCGUCUUCGCGGGGCUCGGACGGCAGGGUGCUGUGUCGGUGGGGUUGUUCACCUUCCAGUGGGUGGCGCAACUGCCUGGUGCUUUUAUUUUGGGCUACCACUUUGAGAUGGGAGCCCUGGGUCUUCAUUUAGCCUCGAUGAUUGCCUCGGUGCUGAACUGCGGCUACAACUACAUGUUGAUGAAACGGAGUUUGAAGGCCUUGGGACCUGAAAUCAACAUGAAGGACGACCAAUGGAAACUUCGCCUUGUUGAGCUCUUUUUUGCCGAGAACGGCAUGGGCUUGAUGGACCUCUUGUGGGGAUUUCUGUUGGACGUGCCAGUGGAUACUUCCCUGGCAAGCUGGAAUGUUUUGGCUGGCUACUUCUGCAACGUUGUGCUGGCCUUGCUUCACCACUUCCCAAACAAGGUGGCAGGAUACCUGCGUGACCGAGGGGACGCUGUAUUCACAAGCUUCAUCUUCUUAGGUACGAGGUGCAUCGCAGAGCUUUUCGCUGUUUUGAUUUGUUUGGCAGAGACCUUAGACUUUGACAGAUUGGAGGACAUAGAGGGGCCUCCGGUCUUCCCAGUGGAUGGCUUGAUGAUCCGCUUGGUGCAACAGUUUUCAGGUGUCCGUCCCGAUGGGGAUGAUGCGGAUGAACACUUGGCCCUUGUGAUCAAGACGGUUCUGUCGCAGGCCUGCAGCAAUAGCAUUACUUUUGCUUGUGCUGUAGUUGAGCAGAUGUCAUCGUUUGAAGUCCUUGGAACCUUGUUGGACAAGGUGGUGGACAUGAAAUCUGCCGCCGCCGCUUCCGUGGUCUCCAUGGCCGUGUCGCGCUUCUUCCACUUGACGCCAAAUCCCCUGUUGCCUAUGAGAGGGCCCAACUUGCUGAAACCUCUUGAGGAGGAGACGCCGCAAGAGAUUCCUGAAGCGGAGUCAUAUUGCUUGGGAAUCCCCGAGGCGUCGAGUGCCUUGGUGCAGUGUUUGUCCAAAGAGCUGCCGCGGCUGUGUGAUGGCAUUUUCGGUCCGCAACCACAGGCGCCCAGGCUCUCUGGGAUGGCACCGUCGGUGCCAGAACCAGAGCCCCUGCGCGAAGCCAUCAAGAUGCUGCUGGAGGUGAAGGAGGGCGAACUCUUCAAGCAGGAGACCUGGGAUCUCUUCCAUGCCCUGGCAUCACCAGAGGAGGUGCUCCGAGCCAUGAAAGGCGUAAACCGCGAGGAGAACUCCUCCGAGGCAUGGCUACGUGCUCAGAUGCUGUCCCGGCUACGCAGUAGCAGGGCGGCAGCCGGCGAGCUCAGUGUUCCAAAGAAAGUCUACUUCCUUCCAGAGGCUGAUCCAACGUUGGCAGAGCCAACCGAAGCCAAUCCAUCUCUGGGAUGA